CACAUUUCGAGAAACUCACUUUGUUUUAGUCAUAUCCCGGGAAUUUUUCCUAAUAUCUAAAAUAUUUUAUAAUUGAAUAAAGAUUAAAAUAAAAAAAUUAAGAAAAAGAAAGAACUAAAGAAGGAAAAAGGUAAAAGCAAAUAUCAAUCUGGCCGGCCGCAAUUCAAUCUGGAAAUCAACCUCCAACGGCAACAAAGCAGGUAUGGCGGUUUCCUUCUCUCCAACACACCAUCAUCCCGGCAAUGAAAUAACAACAGCGGCCAAUUCAACUAUUCUUCACAAUCGUCUGACUGAGUGUAAUAGAUUAGCAACACCAAAUCGGAAAAGCAAGGAAAUAGAAAAGCAAAAAAGAAAAACGGAAAAGGUGAAACCAAUGAGCGCACCUCAGAUGCAGACUCGGCGAUAGCCUGGGUAUAUUUUACCAUUCUCAACGGCGGGGGGAAUAUAACUAAGCAUUCAAACUCUUCACUGUUGGAUUAACUCUUUCCCGCCACAGCAUAACAAGAUUAGUAGAUAGUUAGCUCACAAUUAGUUAGCAAGUUAGUUAAUCAAAUCAUUGCAUAAAUAACAGCAAAACUGUAAUUCUCACUCAUUCUUCUUCCCUACAUAUACGGUUGUUACUCGCACUACUUCAGUUCGUGUGCUACAACAUUUCUCCUCUCUCUUGCACUUCGAUGACGGACACUAUUCACGACAUCGCGUAGGAGAUAUCAUUCCAGAGCUUCUGCAGAGCCUUCUCAACGUUGUGCUUCACAGGGAGUUAUGGAGAAAUCUGAACCGACUAGCUCUUCUGCUCAGGGAACUAAACGUAAGCAUGAUUAUGACAGUGACUCAGAUGGGGGGAGGGGGAUACAGCGGACUAUACGUUCUCUACCGUCAAGUUCAAGUGAUGAAGAUCCGAUGAUGGAAAUGGAACACACCAUUCCAGUUUAUAAAAGGAAAUUCCGGCAUGUGGAAAAAGAAAAAGUUGCUGAUAUCAAUUUGGUGGGAGUAAGGGGUUUCAGUUCGUUUGCAAGGAAAGUAUCUGGUGCGGCUGGACGUCAACCAUCUGUUACUUCCCAUGUGGCUUGGCCCUGGAAGGGUUUUGAUGCUAAGUAUCUCAAGAAGGGAGGUGCCGAGUUGAACCCGCUUCUGAUUUCCUGGACAGACUUUGUUUCAGAUAUUGAUCACAUUUUGAUGGAUGAAAAUUGGCAAUUCUGUGGUUUCGAAAUUCCUGUAACAUUCAAGCGGAAAACUGGUUUAGUACUGAUAAACUCCCACAUGUUACUUCUUGAUUCCCUGAUAAAAGACAGGGAAUGUUUCACUCAGGCUCUCCACUAUCUCUGGGCAACGUGGAGCGGAAAUGAACCUGGCUUGGGAGCAGAAGAUGAUGAAAUAGCUCCAGGUUGUGAUUUAAUUUUCACAGCUGCCGGAGAAAAAAUCACAGAGUUACCCAAAGAUGAACCAGGUUGGAGGACAUUUCUUAAUAAGCUAGAAUCCAUAACUGUUGUUGAAGAAGGGUUCAAACCUUCGUAUUCUGAUGAUUGAACAUUUCAUGAGAUAAGGGAGCAAAGUAGUUGAAGGUUUAGCUAGAAGAGCAAAUUCAGAUCCACUUCUUAAAAUCUCACUAUCCCAGCAGCGUCCCCGCCAUAUGUCCAACCUCCACAACCAGCUAAAACUGUUCUGAAAUUGUUUUCAGUAGCCUUUGCUUUCUUUGUAUUUUUUCCUAUGACUUUGUUAUUGUUUAGAUCUAAAAGCAUUAUAGUUGGAACCUGUUCUACUAUAUUUCAUGUUUUUGUUUUGAUCUGAGUGCAGCAUUUGUAAUAAAAAGGUUGAUAGAUGAGUACCAACACUAAUGUUUGAGCUUUCUCCAGACAGAAA